AUGGUAUUAAAUGCAUUGAUAUUCAUAGCCUAAAGCUGCUAAAACAUCUAAAGCUAAGAAAUUAUAAAAAAGAGUUGCAGACAGAAAAAAGAAUCCCUUAUUUGUUAAAGAUGCUAAAAAUUUCAGAAUUGGCAACGACGUUUAACCAAAAAGAGAUUUAUCCAGAUAUGUUAGAUGGCCAAGAUAUAUUUUACUUCAUAGAUAGAAGAAGAUCUUACUUUAAAGAAUCAAAGUGCCUGCUGCAAUUCAUUAAUUCAGCAAAACAUUAGAUAAAAAUUAAUGUAAAUCACUUUCAUUUAAUCAUAUCAGCUUCAAAAGUCUUGGGAUUAUUAAAGAAAUACUCACCAGAAACAAAAACUGAAAAGAAACAAAGACUUACUAAAUUAGCUGAAUAAAAAGCAUAAGCUCAAAAGGGUGAAUCAAAAAAAGUACAAGUCUUGAAAUUCGGUCUCAAUCAUGUUACUACAUUGGUUGAAACCAAAAAAGCAAAAUUAGUCUUAUUAGCUUAUGAUGUCGAUCCAAUUGAACUUGUAGUGUGGUUGCCCUAAUUAUGCAGAAGACAAGAAGUUCCCUUCUGUUUCAUUAAAAGUAUUAUUGUUAACAAUUACUUUAAGACAAGGCUAGAUUGGGAGCAUUAGUACAUUAAAAAACAGCUACUUGUGUUGCUUUGACUGAUGUCAGAAAAGAAGAUCAAGCAGAAUUCGAUAAUUUAGUAAUAAAUUAAAUAAAAUUUUAAGGCUCGUGACUUGAGAUAACACUACAAUGAAAACCAUGAACUUUUAAGAACUAUUGGAGGAGGACAAGUCGGAAUAAAAUCAAGACAUCAAUAGGAAGCUAUUAAGAAAGCUUUCGAAUUGGAAGAAUUGAAAAAGACAUCGCAAUGAACAUCC